AUGGACAGAGUUGUCAUAACUGGGAAGAAGCCUCAUGUAAUCUGUAUCCCAAUACCAGCACAAAGCCACUUACUCGCCAUGCUCAAACUAGCAGAGCUCCUUCACCACAAGGGUCUCCAAGUAACCUUUGUUAACACAGACUACAUACACAAUAAGCUUUUGCAAAAUUCCGUUGACCUCCACUCCCUCGAUGCUUCGUCUGGUUUUCGAUUUGAAACCAUUUCUGACGGCAUUCCUCGUACUUCGGAAGACUACGAUGACUCGAAACUACUCCUGGAGCACAUUCAAAUCACCUUCUUAACACCUUUUCUUGAUCUUGCAGCCAAACUUCCAACACCUCCUACUUGUAUCAUCUCUGAUGGCUUCAUGUCGUUUUUCACUAUUGAGGCUGCACAAAAGCUAGGUAUCCCCAUCAUGCUCUACUGGACUCUUUCAGCUGGUGGCUUCAUGACUACUUACCAAAUACAAUCUCUCAUUGAUAAAGGACUUGCACCACUUAAAGAUGAAAGUUACUUAACAAACGGAUAUUUAGACACCAUUAUUGAUUGGAUUCCGGGAAUGGAUGGAAUCCGCCUUAAGGAUUUGAAUAGCGCAGCCUGGACCACAGAUCCCGCCGACAGACUCUUAAACUUCUGCAUUAAGGGUACGCAAAAUUCCCACAAUGUUACACACAAUAUCCUCCACACCUUUGAUGCUUUAGAGCCUAGUAUUGUGAAUGUUCUCUUGUCCAUGUAUCCCCAUGUUUAUACGGUUGGUCCACUACAAUUACAUCUUAAUCACAUACCAGCAGAAGAAAAACAAAGAAAAAUGUUAAAUUUUGAUGGAUACAACUUAAGGAAAGAAGAACCGGAGUGUUUCCAAUGGCUUCAAUCCAAAGAGCCAAACUCCGUCAUUUAUGUAAAUUUUGGGAGUACAACGAAAAUACUGCUACAAGAUCUCAUAGAAUUUGCUUGGGGACUUGCCAAUAGCAAUCACUAUUUCCUUUGGAUAAUAAGAUCAGAUUUGGUUGUGGGCGAGUCAUCAGCUUUGCCACCUGGAUUUGAGGAACAUCUAGAAAAGAAAGGUUUCAUAGCAAGCUGGUGUUCACAAGAAAAGGUCCUGAACCAUCCUGCGGUUGGAGGGUUCUUGACUCACUGUGGAUGGGGUUCGACUAUUGAGAGCUUGUCAGCUGGCGUGCCAAUGAUAUGUUGGCCGUAUUUGUGGGACCAGCCGAUCAAUUGUAGGUACAUAUGCAACGAAUGGGAGGUUGGAUUGGAAUUGGGAAAGGACGUGAAACGGGAGGAACUUAGUAAACUUGUACAAGAGCUGAUGGGUGAAGGAGGUCACAAAAUAAGGAAGAAAGCCAUGGAGUGGCAACAAAAGGCUAGAUGUGCAACGGGUCCCAAUGGUUCAUCGUCCAUGAAUGUAAACAAACUUAUCCAAGAAAUCACGAUGCUGUCAAGGAACACCUACAAGUCUUUGGGCUAACCGUACUAUUCAAGGGGUAUCUGUAUCCCCAACCAAGUGGUUCUGAUUCAAGUACAAAUCUGUAUCGCAGGGAAUGUAUGGGUUUGUUUCUAAAAUAAAUUUGUCAUGUAUCGGGCCCUCUCUGGAACCCUGUCUAGCUUGACACAACACAAUUCUCUGAUAACUUUAGGACGCGUUUGA